AUGGUUAUUGUAGCAGAUGACGUGACUUGUCCAAUAGACGGUUACAGAAGAGGCAAGUAUGGAAUGACUAUACUCCACCACAAACUCUCCAUCGGCAAUUCAGACAUGACAUUAGAGGCAACCUUUGGACAGGUCUGUAGCCGCUUUUUUCAUGAUGGACUCAAGGCGGCUAUUGUUACUGAUAGAGAUGGCGUGAUGAUUCUGCAAUGCAUAUCAGAAGAUGCUCCUGCUAAAGUAUUAGAGCCUGCUAUCCCAACAACAUUUGCUGCUUCAAAGCUAGGAUUACAACGUAACAAGUGCAUUGUUAGCAUGUAUGAUUUGUUUCAAGUUGUACAGAUGGAUCAGAAUCCUCUCAUCAUCACUUUGGUUGGAGAUGCUGCUGCUAAUACAGGACUCUUUAUGAAUCUUGGGCAACGUAUUAUUGAGAUGACGCAGCCCUUGGUGACUGCGCUCCAAGAAAGACAAUAA